CUGACGAACCGCCUCGAUUAUGAGCCAAUCCCAGCACGGGGAGGCGGGGCUUUCCGGAAUACGGGUGGGGGGGAAAGCCAGCGCGUUCUCAGCCGCUCGACGCUCUGGAGCCCUGAGUCGUCAUUUGAUUGGCGGAACGAACGCUACGUGGACAUAAGCUGCAACAGGUAGCGCACAUGUGACCGUUAGCGUUUCAUUCUGAGGAAAACAGCCACUGUCAAGAAAGCUCAGUGGCGAACGCUGAGGAGGAACUGUUUAUUGCUCUCAUUUAAGUUCCGUUUAUUUGCACUGCGGACUUUUUGAAGCGUUUUUUCCAGCAGUUCAGGUUGACGGGCCUGGGUGAUUCAGGCAUGAAGUCCAAAGGGAAGGGGUCAAAGAGGACCAGACGCUCCUGGUCAGAGCAGGAGCACUCUGACUUUCAGCUGGAGACGGAGCCAGGCUCCAGUGAGCAGGAGGGCUCAGAGGCCUCUCUGCAGCUGGGGGGGUCGUGGAAGGCCCUGAAGGCAGAGGGCAACACCAGGCUGGCCACAAGGCGCCGCCGCCGCCAGCACAACAGCGCCAAGGAGCGCAAUGUACGCAGGCUGGAGAGUAAUGAAAGAGAGCGCCAGAGGAUGCACAAACUCAACAAUGCCUUCCAGGCCCUGCAGGAGGCCAUCCCGCACGUCAAAAUGGACAAAAAGCUCUCCAAGAUUGAGACUCUAACACUGGCCAAGAAUUACAUCAAGGCCUUGACCGCCAUCAUCCUUGGCAUGUCUGGUGCCUGUCUGCCCCAUGAAGGGACCCAACCAGAAGAGAGCCCAUCUAAGCUUCUACAGCGCUACCAGCAGCACCUGGAGAACGACAAGAUAGGCCAGGACGACCUUUCCAAGUACCUGGACCAGAUCCACAGCUUCAGACACAGUAGCUAACACAGACUCCGGCCACUGCAAUGUCCACCCCCAGUGACUCAGUAAAGACUCGAGAGGAACUGCUAUUCACAGCCUGGAGAGCACAUUGUGGAAGAGAACAUUUGGUGCUGCCAGUGUGGAGCCCUAAGACUGAAUGAUGGUCAGAUAUCCCUAAAGAUGAGCUCUCAAUGGAGACACAUACUCAUAUUAAUGGUGUGUUUCGAUGGUCCUCACAAACACGUGAACUUCCAAGUUUACCACAAGAAUGUUGCAUUAAAACGGCUGACAAAGUCUUAAUUACGUGGUGAACU